AUGAAUGCGAUGAAUGACGAAGGUUCAAGAAAAAGGCAUAGGUUGUCUCUAGAAAACAAUGAAGAAUUUAGUUCAGAAGUCGAAGAAGACACCAGAACAACUAUUACCACAACGACAGAUACUUCUAACUCUCAAUUUUCACAAAUUUCAACAGUUAUACAACCAUCAAGCUCAAAAAAUAUGCUACAAAAUAAGCACAAAUCACGCGUAUUUUCUGAAGUAUGGGAUUACUUUGUUAAAGGAAGUGAAAAAACCAACGGACACUAUGAGGCAACUUCACAAUUAGAAGCGCAUUUGUCAAACGAAUAUGCUAGUUGUCCGGAUGAUAUAUCACAUUAUUGGUGUAAAAAAGUUGCUGAAAGUGAUAUAAAUUAUAUUAGAAGACCAAAAACAAGUAGUGCUUUACCAAACUCCAAGCCACAAACAACAAUGACAUCCUAUUAUAUGUCAGACCGCUCACUAACAAAGGCUAUUACUAGCUGUCUUGAUCAAAAACUAAGUUUUUUCGGUAAAGAAUUGACAGAGAGUAAGCUUCGAAAUGCAUGUAAUAUAGCAUCAGUUGGUAAUGUAAUGAAUUGUGAAGAUGAUCAAAUGAGGGUUAAUAGUGAGAAUUCGUUAGAUAAUAUAGUAUCUGAUCAUCCUACAACCCUAUUAAUUGAAGAUAUUGUAGAUUUGACGGUUGAAAACAAUUCUGAACGUUCAGAAAGGACGGCCCAAACCAUUUCUCCUGCUGAUUUAGAUUAUGAUCCUCUUGACGUACUAAAUAGUUUUUUAGAACGUGAAAAUCAAAAUAAUAAUCAAUAA